AAUGGAUAAAUGCAAAAGUUAUUGUAUAACAAGACAAGUACUAAUUUCUUGUCUUCUUUGUCAAAUGGUGAGUGCAACUCUGUUCAAUUUACUCUACCCAAUUGUAGUAGUGUAGAGGCAUCGAUAUAACAUGGUACUCAUCUAACCAACAUCAGCGUCAUGGCUGUUGGUGCUUGCAUUGCUCUUGAUCCAAGAAAAGCCGAGAUUAAGGGUCAUGGAUUCAUAAUGCUCAUACUAUCAAUUAUGUUUUUAUGCAUCCUUGCGGCAGGUGCUAUUGGAUUGAUUGGAAAAUACACAAGCAUUUUAUUACUGUUUGCAGGUUUGAUGGUUGUUGGAUUUCUAGUGGGUGUUUUCACUCAUUUGAUGGUUUUCCUAACUUCAUCUCCUCAACAAUCACUGCAAAGGCUCGAACUAUAUUUGGAAGAUUAUGGACAUGAGGCGUCACAAAGAACUGCUUGGAAUCGACUUCAACAAAAAGAUAAGUGCUGUGGACUUACGGGGCCAGCUGAUUGGCUGUAUAUCAAUAUCUCAAUACCAUCAAGUUGUUGCCAUCCUUUGGAUAAUUCUGGAGAUCCUUUCUCAGAAUAUUGCGCUCGAUUCAACGGAAGUGAAUACAUAUAUCAGCAGGGAUGCUCCAAGUUAACAGAAAGAAAAAAGUUAAAAUUGAAUUACCAGAGGAGAAGAGAUGUAUCUGAAGCUGAAUUGGAACCCGCAUCCGAAUUGAGUCCUAAAAAAACUAAUUUCAAAGAAUUUGUAGUGUACAUAAUGAUUUUCGAUUAUUUAACCAAGAUAGUUUGUAUAGGUGCUACCUUGGCUGUGGCUUGGCUCUUAUGGCAAUAAUCUCUCCAAAUAAAAAUCCAAGAUUGA